AUGAUGUUGUUUGAUAUUCUUGGCUGGAAGAGAAGUGAAAACAACUCAGAGGUUUCACGAUUUAUACUUCUGGGCCUAUCGUCUUCCUGGGAGUUGCAGUUAUUUCUCUUCUUAGCAUUUUUAUUGAUUUAUGUUGUUAUUGUCCUGGGAAACUUCCUGAUAGUGAUGGUGGUACAGGCUGAUGCUCACCUGCUCCAGUCACCCAUGUACUAUUUCCUAAGCCAUCUGUCUUUCAUCGACCUAUGCCUGAGCUGUGUUGCUGUACCCAAAAUGCUAGGAGAUUUCCUACAAAAGGAGAAGACAAUAUCCUUUUCAGGAUGCCUGGCCCAGAUCUUCUUUCUUCACUUUCUGGGAGCCAGUGAGAUGUUUCUGCUGACUGUAAUGGCCUAUGACAGGUAUGUUGCCAUAUGCAACCCUCUGCAUUAUCUGGCAGUCAUGAAUAACCACCUGCGUCUUCAGUUGGUGUUUGCCUGCUGGUGUGGAGGUUUCAUCCACUCUAUCACACAGCUCGUAAUUGUCAUCCAGCUGCCUUUCUGUGGUCCCAAUGAACUGGACAACUUCUACUGUGAUGUCCCCCAGGUCAUCAAACUGGCCUGCAUGGACACUUACUUGGUUGAGGUGCUGAUGGUCUCUAACAGUGGCAUAUUGUCUCUUGUCUGCUUCUUGGUCCUGCUCUUCUCUUAUGCUCUCAUCCUGCUCACUCUGAGAACUCACCUCCAUCGGGGCCAGAGCAAGGCACUGUCCACCUGUGCCUCUCACCUUACAGUGGUCAGUUUGAUCUUUGUGCCCUGUGUAUUCAUCUAUUUGAGGCCAUUCUGCACCUUCUCUGUGGAUAAAGUGGUCUCUGUGUUUUACACAGUGAUCACACCUAUGCUGAACCCCCUUAUCUACACACUCAGAAAUGCAGAUAUGAAGCGAGCUCUAGAAAAACUGAGAAGGAAGCGUGACAUCCCAUUGCCUUGUUAA